AUAUGCUUGCUUAUUCAGUUGAGUGACAGUUGUCUCUGUGUGUGUGAGAGAGAGAGAGAGAGAGAGAGAGAGAGAGAGAGAGAGAGAGUUUUAUGGGAUUAAUCCUCUUUGUAAUGGUUCUUGCUCAAAUGAGUAUUCCAGCCACAGUUUGCCGGCAGCUUGCAUAUAUAUAUAUAUAGCACUGGUGCUUCUGCAAUUCUGAGAUGCUCAUUUGAGCAAGCAGCGUUACAAGAGGAAUAUUUUUGCAGUAUGAUCAUCAAAGUAAAACUGCCGUUUCAGCACCAAAAGGAGGUCUUGAUUGCUAGCUAGUUCAUCAAUCUUAAUUAUAUACAUUUUGAUCUCUCGAUACGUGGCCUCCGGACACAAAAAUCCAGAGUGGAUUUCAUUCCAAUCAAAUUAUCUAAUUGCGGGCGGUGUUUUAAAAGUAGGCUCAAAAAGGUAAAAGCUCUCUCAAGACAUGUACACUUAACCCUCGGCAGCAAGAAACCGUACUCUCCCAAGUCCCAACUCCAACGCAAAGAAUCCAAAAGUGACUUCUUCAAAACCGGCACACCAGAAGCACCCUUGCAUCAAUAUGCACAACAGCACUCCAAAACACAUCACUACUCUUACUCAUGGGAAAUUUUGUUCUCAAUUUUACGUCGUCUCGAAGAUGCAUUUUGCUCCUCCUCGUCUCAAUCUUCGUUCAAGGAGGGGAAGGAUCUAUAGGAGUGAACUAUGGCACGAUGGCGAAUGACCUUCCUCCGCCGGCCAAAGUCGCCCACUUCCUUCUGGAAUCCACCAUUAUCAACCGUGUUAGGCUCUUUGACACCAACCCCGACAUACUCCGAGCCUUUGCUCACACCGGCAUCGCUGUCACAAUUACUAUCCCAAAUGACCAAAUCCCCCACCUCACCAAGAUACGCUCCGCCCAACAGUGGCUUAAAACCAACGUCCAGCCUCAUAUCCCAGCCACCAACAUUGUCCGAAUUUUAGUAGGCAACGAAGUAUUAUCCACCACAAACAAGUUGUUCAUUACUGGCCUUGUCCCUGCCAUGCAAGCCCUCCACAAUGCCCUAGUAGAUGCGUCAUGGGACCGCCAAAUUAAGGUCUCCACCCCACACUCUCUAGGCAUUCUCUCCAGCUCAACCCCACCUUCCUCCGGCAAAUUUAGACAAGGCUACGACAUCCAUGUCCUUAAACCUUUACUCACUUUCUUGCAAUCCACCAAUUCUCCUUUCAUGGUGAACCCGUAUCCGUAUUUCGGAUACUCCCCCGAAACGCUUGAUUACGCGCUUUUCCGGCCAAAUCCCGGUGUGCUUGACGGGAAUACUAAAAUGCUAUACACCAACAUGUUGGAUGCACAAUUAGAUGCUGUUUUUUCAGCCAUGAAACUUGUGGGCUUUGAGGACCUUGAGAUUGUUAUUGCCGAAACGGGUUGGCCCUCUCAGGGUGAUCCAGCCCAAGUUGGGGUUGACGCACAGAGUGCCGAGGAUUACAAUCGAAAUCUCAUUCAACACGUGACAUCAGGUUAUGGCACCCCGUUAAUGCCAAACCGAACUUUUGAGACCUUCGUAUUUUCCUUGUUCAAUGAAAAUCUCAAGCCCGGCCCAACACCCGAGAGGAAUUUCGGUCUUUUUCGGCCCGACUUGACGCCGACCUACAACAUCGGAGUCCUUCGGCACACGGCUAGUUCGACUACACCUAAGAACUCAGGCCCAGGCCCAGUCCCAGUGUUGGCACCAAGCCCUCCGCGAUCACACGGCGGGAAAUUGUGGUGCUUGCCCAAGAAAGGGGCCGACCCGGAGGCGCUGCAGAAGAAUAUUGAUUAUGUUUGUGGGCUGGGAUUGAAUUGUGGGCCAAUCAAACAAGGUGGGCCGUGCUUUAUGCCCAACACAGUUAGAGCCCAUGCAGCGUAUGCCAUGAAUGUCUACUUUCAAGCAAUGGGAAGGAAGGAUUCUGAUUGUGGUUUUGAACAGACUGGCGCCGUCACUGCCGUCGAUCCAAGCUAUGGAAAGUGCAAGUAUUGAUGAUGAAGAAUGUUGCAAUGGAGGAGAAGACCCAUAGAUUAUAAACUGUUACCAAUCCUUUCUUUUUGGACAUAAAAAGAUAUUAGCGAUUGGUGUUUUGUAUGGACAUGUAGUAUAAAUAAGAUAAGUAUUUAGACAAAAAAAAAAAAAAAAAAUCGUGAUUUCCUAAUGUAGCAUCUACAAUGUGUAAUAUUAAGGGAAUUAUACGAAUGCUAUCUGAAUUUU